AGAACAGCCAGAACAUUCUUGGAUGUUUCUGUCAGUUAGUGUUUAACCAAAUAUCCGUCUCUAAGGGGUAGGUUGGACUAAUAGAAGAAGGAUUGAAGCCUGAGACUUAAAAAGACAACUUCUUCAGGGUGACUCCCUGGAUUCUGGAGGAGAGCGAGAAAGAGAGAGCAGUGGACACAGGAGAAGGAAACAAUGGCAUCUAGCUUCACCUCCAAGGAUGCUUAUCUGAGCCAUUUCAACCCUCGGGAUUACCUAGAAAAAUAUUACAACUUUGGGUCAAGACACUCGGCAGAAAAUGAGAUUCUUAGGCAUCUUCUGAAAAAUCUUUUCAAGAUAUUCUGCCUAGAUGGCGUGAAGGGCGACCUCCUGAUCGACAUUGGCUCUGGCCCCACCAUCUACCAGCUCCUCUCUGCGUGCGAAUCCUUCAAGGAGAUCAUUGCCACCGACUACACCGAGCAGAACCUGCAGGAGCUGCAGAAGUGGCUAAAGAAGGAGCCAGGGGCCUUCGACUGGUCCCCGGUGGUGACCUACGUGUGCGAGCUCGAAGGGAACAGAGUCAAGGAGCUGGAGAAGGAGGAGAAGCUGCGGCGUGUGGUCAGGCAGGUGCUCAAGUGUGACGUGACGCAGAGCCGGCCCCUGGGCGGCGUCCCCCUGCCCCUGGCCGACUGCCUGCUCAGCACGCUGUGCCUGGACGCCGCCUGCCCAGACCUCCCCACCUACUGCACAGCCCUCAGGAACCUCAGCAGCCUGCUAAAGCCGGGGGGCUUCCUGGUGGUGGUGGACGCCCUGAAGAGCAGCUACUACAUGAUCGGCGAGCAGAGGUUCUCCAGCCUCUGCCUGGGCCGGGAGGCGAUCGAGGCUGCCGUGAGGGAGGCGGGCUUCUCGGUGGAGCAGUUCCAGGUGAUCUCCCGCAAGUACUCCUCCUCCAUGUGCGACAACGAGGGGCUGUUCAUCCUGGUGGGGCGGAAGCUGGGCCAGCCUGUGUGACGCCGGUAGUCGCAAAUAAAGCCGUUAACUUCUCGGUU